ACAUGAUAAUCAGCACAUGUUUUCAUCUAAAUUAGAAUUUCAAUUUUUUCUUCUUUGUUUUUGUCUUAAUUGUUGAUUGUUUUUCGAUAAAUUAAUUAUUAUUUUUAGUGAGAAUUUAGUGAAAGUCAAUUGUUAGUCCAUAAUGAGGCCGUUAACUGACGAGGAGAUGAAACUUGUUCUUGGUAAACUGGUAAAAUAUAUUGGUGAGAAUACUAAAUUACUGAUUGACCGAUCAGAUGAUAAAUACUGUUUUCGUUUACACAAUGAUAAAAUUUAUUAUUGUUCUGAGAGAUUGAUGAAAUUAGCUUUAUCCGUGUCCAGAGAUAAUCUCAUCUCCUUUGGUACCUGUUUCGGUAAAUUUACACAUAGUAAAAAGUUUCGCCUGACAAUCACUUGUUUAGAUUAUAUUGCUCCAUAUGCAAAGUACAAAAUUUGGCUUAAACCAUCAGCAGAACAAUCAUUCCUUUAUGGUAAUCAUGUUUUAAAAUCGGGUCUUGGAAGGAUAACCGAAAACACCCCAGCAUAUCAAGGAGUUAUCGUUUAUUCAAUGAGUGAUGUUCCUCUUGGUUUCGGAACAACAGCAAAAUCAACCACUGAUUGUCGUCGAGUUGAUCCUAUGACAAUUGUUGCUUUCCAUCAAUCUGACGUCGGGGAAUAUUUAAGAGAUGAAGAUGCUCUUUAAUUAACUAAUUCUUCCAUAAUUCUCACUGAUGCUUUUUCUUUUCAAACAUAAUUAAUAAAAGCAAUACCCGUAUUUGUAUAAUAAAUGAUAAAGAACCAAAAAUAUCGAUACAAAAAAUUUGUAGCUGUUUUCAGAAUCGAUAUUCCUACAAGUUGGAAUUUUUGGCGAAAAAUCGACAAAUUGAUCGCACCCAAAUUGCUAAAAGUCUCGGCAUUUGUCACAUGAGUCGUGAAAUUAUUUCUCUUUGUGAAUAUUUUCCGUUCCAACAAAAUGCCGACAACACGCAAAGAAAUAUCAACACAAAAAGUGAUCAAGUAUCGGUAAAAGUAUCGAUACAAAAAUUUGUUGUUUAUUUUUUUCUCUCUUGUUUUUGUUGUUGUUUUAAACGAAUUGAUAUUUACCUUUAAUGUCCGACAAUUUGAACUGCAUGGGGACCGAUAUGAGAAUGGCGGAGGUACAAAAGUACGAAAUGUUGAAGCGAUAUUACAGUUACUUCGAGAACCAAAGGAUGGACAAUAAAGAUGUUCCUUGUUUAGACAAUUGUUCAUUGAGAACAAGCAAAUUACAAAAACUUGAAUUGGAAUUGCAAAAAGUUCAUGCGGCCCAUGAAGAGUUGACUAUGUCUUUCACUAGAAUGGAAAAAUUGGAGAAAAACAUGCGUCUCAAAUUGGAAAUAGACAUUGGAAUUCUGAGAGAAGAGAAUAAUAACCUAAAAGCAGAAAGAGAUCUUCAGAAAAAUGAACUGGAAGCUCAAAGAUUAACGAUUAAGGAACAAAGGGAAUUGAUUAAUCUUCUUGACAAUUCACUCAAAGCCUCACAAAGAACCGUCGCUGAACUGGAAGGUGAACUGUACAGACUAAAGUCAUCGGAAAGAAACUCAAGUCAACUCGCUAAUACAGUUACGAGCAAUCGAUCAUCGUCACUGAAUCUGUUCACCUCCGCCUCAGGUUCCAAUUCUAAUUGCAGUUCACAGGAAAAUAACGCCAAUCUAAUCACGACCGAUGAAACCAAUAACAGCAACAAUCGAAGCUCCAUAAUCAGAGCUCUUUUAGCGGAAAGAAAAAAUUUCUCCGACCAUCUAAUAAGAAAGUGAUCACUAAUCAAUUAGCCAUAUUAUUUUUCCCCUUCUCUUCCUCGUGUAUCAAAUAUCAAAAAUCUUAAUUGUUCUAUUUAUAUUAGUUAAUCAUCCAACUUAACAUGUAAAUUGUAAAACAUAUCAAAGUCACAAAGACCCUUAAUCAUCCAAAAGUGCUAAUAAACUCAUCGCCAUAAUAACAGACAAA